GUCACAGUCAUUGGUUUCACUUUGGGUAUUCCAGAUGUGAUAAUGGGGAUCACAUUCCUGGCAGCUGGAACCAGUGUACCAGAUUGUAUGGCAAGCCUUAUUGUGGCAAGACAAGAUUCGAUUGAAUAGCCGUGGACUUAUCUAUUCUGUGGGCUUGUUGCUGGCUUCAGUUUUUGUCACAGUGUUUGGAGUUCAUUUGAACAAGUGGAAGUUAGAUAAGAAACUGGGGUGUGUGUGCCUUUCCCUCUAUGGAAUCUUCUUGUGUUUCUCCAUCAUGACAGAAUUUAAUGUCUUCACUUUUGUAAAUUUGCCUAUGUGCAGAGAUCAUUGAUCCUACGGACAGUCUGUUGAGAUGCAACUUCCUUCUCUACCAGUGCAAUAUGAAAAUGGUUGGCAUUUCCAAGCAGUAUGAGGUCCCCUAUGAAGGCUGGGAAGCUCAGUGGGGGCCUCUUCUUAUCUUGGCUUAGUCUCUUUCUAAGCCAUAUUUUCACACAUACAAACGCUCACUUGGAAACCACCUAUAUUGAUGCGAAGAUUUACAAAUUCAGAGAGUCUGACGGGCUAACUAACUUUUACCUGGCUCUGAGCCAGAGAAACUGAACUAUUACAGUUUUUUUUUUAAGUUAUUUGAUGGAAGACUAAGUUAUGAAUUGAGAACUAUAGCUAAGAUACAAAGAAGAGUAUGCAUUGCAUUGACUGCUUUUGGAGAAAAAAACGAAAGGAAUUUAUUUUAUUCUUCUUUCCUAAGAAAGUUUCCUUGCAGCUUAUCUACUUUGCAGAAUAUUGCAUCUCAUUGGAUGAUUCUGAUGUUAUAAACAGCGCUGUGAGAGCUAAAUUCCAGGUACUUAUUAACAAGAAUGGACUUGUACUUUUCAGAAGUAGUACACAAUGACUUCCUUAUGGAAAGUAAUGUAUCCCAGACAGAGAUUUGGGAGGAAUCUUAACUGAAUUCAGACUGUAGAGAUGAACCUUGCUGCCAUUUUAUUCUUAACAGCAGAAUGUGAUCACUAGGUUGUUUAGAAUAUUUCCAAGCAAUAGUUUUAGGCCAAUAGGCCCCGGCAGACUCAUGAGAUGAAGUCCUGGUUUUUAACUUGAUUAUUGCCAAGAAAACUACAUGGAUAUAUCCAUGAAGUCACCAGGAGCCAAAUGUGACUCAAAGGAGAUUUAACACUCCCCACCCCCUUUUAAUUUAAAAUACAAUGCCUGGACUAAUCUGUUAUGGGUUCUCAAUGUUUAUUGAGACUAUUUCUUUAGCACUUUUAGAUUGAAAAGUACUUUAUGACACCCCCUCCCUUUCCUCUUUAUCCUGGCAAAAGUUUGUUAAGGUAAGCACUAAUAAUAUUCCUGUGUCUUAAAAAAUAGUGCAGUUGAAAAAGUCUGUAUCCCCGCACAUAUCAACUUCAGGACUAUGUUAAGAUUUGAACCAAAAUUGUUUUGAUACAAAACAAAAUUCAGAUAUUUGGAUCAUCGGACCAUCUAUUAACAUAUGGAGACUGGAGAAGAGGAAAUGGAUGUAAAGGGACAUUAUUAGUUGAGAAGGCAAUAUAAGUACAUGGCACAUGUUUUAAAAUAAUUAGUUGAAGACACUGGUUUGUAAAAAGCAUAUAUUUGCACAUAUGUUAUUGCUGAUGUUAUCAUUUGCCAUUCUGCAAAGGAUACACUGGACCUGGUGGGCAUAUUAUUGUUUUCCUUUUGUAUCCCACUGGGUGGUUUGCUUAUGCAAAUCCUAUUUUAGGAAUCUUUGUUGGUGGAUUCUUCCUGCUAUUUACCACAAAAUUGCAUAGCACUUAUUUUUAAUUUUCUUGAACCUUGGACAGAGAGGAUUGGAUUUUGACAAACUGAGAAAGCUAUGAUAAAGUCCCCAUUCAGUGUUCCAUUGAGUCUGCUGUCUUUAAUGUGAUUUGCUCUAUUUACUCUGGAAAUCCUGAAGACACCUCAGCUUCCAUGUAGAUCUCAUCCAUCCCCAUUACAUUUUCAGUAAUAAGAACAGCGUUCCUGACUGUCCCAGUGACAUUUAGCCUGGACUGUCCUGUUUUGUUUUAUUUGGUAUGUAUGCUUCAUUUUACUCUGGUUUUAUAAGAAGGGAUCUUUAGCUAGGCAAGUGUGCAAAGAUUUUAUCUACAUAACCCACAAAGGUCAUUCUUAACAGAAAAACAUCAAGCUGAUGCGUGGGUGUAAACACGCCUUUCAAUCUACCCAACAAGUUAUACUUUAGUGUUUCCUUAUUUCAAAUGAGUUUCUUUUUGGGAUCAAUAGUAUGAAAUGAAAUGUCAUGAUCUGCAGUCUCCCUUCAUCAUAGCACCUUGCUUUUUCUUAUGACUUCCAUAGUUGAAUUUCUCCUCGAUCUAGUUAGUGUCAUCCACAUACGUGGCUAAUUUGUGGCCAGCCAGAUAGAAUAAAUGUAUUAAUACAACUUAGUUUAACCAAUAAAAAGUUUGCUCUUUCUGCACCUCUCCCUCACACAUACACAUGAACAUAAUUUGGCAAUUGCUCCCUUGUGCUCAUUUUUAAUGUUUUCAGUUCUAUGUCAGACAAAUGCAAUAAAAUUGUCCGAACUUAUGUUCUUACACUAAUUUAAUGUUCCAAUGUAUUCUGAAGUACUAUAGCAGCAUUCCAGAUUUUCUAUCUCUUUGUUAAUUAACUAGUAAGCAUCUAGCAUGGCAAGAGCUAUUUUGAUGUAUUGUUGAAUGCAUAGGACUAGAAGUCAAUGGGUGAGUGAUGGGUUCUGGUCAUUUAGGCACAAAAGCCAGCCACUGACCCACGGCCAUUCAUUCUCUCUCAGCCCUAGGAAGAGGGUAAUGAGAAACCACUUUAAAAAUGUCAGCCGGAAAAACUUCAGAAAAGUGUUUUUAUACAUUGUAGACAAAUUAUGACUUUUAAUCUAGGGAAAUCAAUCAUUUCACAUAGGGAUAUAACAGGAUUUUAAGCUUUAAAUUCAAAAUAAACUCUUACAAAGGAAUGAAAUGCAGAAAUAAAUAAACAGUGUCAAUGACUGUCUUUUCAGAGAUGUUUGUCCACUGUUACAGAUUUUUUUCAUUAAAGAUUGCUAAAUAUGCUCUUAUGAAAACUUAGGAUUCUUAUAAUACUUUUACCAUCCACCAUGCCUUCUUCAUUCUGUUUUUAAUUAAAUAAUUAUGGUUGCUCAGUAUAUUUCCUUCGAUCAAACCACUUUAGCAUCCAGAAACUUUAACGUUCAUUAUCAUCACUUCCUUUUGGUUGUGUAAUAGAUUGUAUGUAGAAAUCCAUUUCACAUCAUCCAUAUGAUUAGGAUGGGUUGUUCCCAUUGUCAACACAACACAAUUUAUUGGUGAGACUUAUAUGGCUUCGGUCUUGACCAGCUCUAAAUGAUCCCCCUUGGAAUUUUUAUAGCUCCCCACUCCCUCAAAACAUAGAAAAACUGUUUUCAAAACAAAAUGGAACAGAAUAAAUGAAGAGCCUGGAAUCUCACCUACAUAAUACUUUGGAAGUAAAAAUAGUUUGUGGUCUUGCGCAGUAUGGCUACUAAAAAUCUGAGCAGUGCACAGUGACAUGUUGCUGACAUACAAUUCUUCAUUUUGCAUCACUGUCUUUAUGGAAUUGAAUAAUCCCAGUCUAAAUUUCUAUCUUUGUAUAAAUGGAACACUCUGCAACUAUCCCUUCAACUCAAUAACAAUAACAGACUACUUGGAGAACAGGAUAAUAUUUAAAGACAAAUGUUAAUUUGAGAUUUUACCCUAAUGCUAACAAUAGGUAAAAAGACUAGUUGGUAUUACCUAUUCUCCUGUUCCCAGGUCCUAACACUACAUAUGGCCCCUGGCUGCCACCCUGAUCUUUUCAGCAUUUUCCCUUCGCUCUCAGCCACAUAGCAUAUCCCAACUCCUUUAUUUUAAAGUUAAACAAUGAAAUAAUCUUCCCACCUAAGCUGAGAACAGUUUUAUUUCAUUUACCAAUUCAGUUUUUGAUUUAAUACCAACUUCCCUAGGGAAAAAAAAGAUUGUGUUAGUUUCCCUUUAAACCUUUCACCUAAAAAAAAUAAAAACAGCUGUUUUUUUCUCUAUGUAAAUUUGUUAGCAACCUAUAAUGAAAACAUAUUAGCCACUAGUACUUCUUUCUUUGCCUUCAUUGUUGAUAAUAAGGAAUAAAAAUAUUAAGGCAUUUUUGAGGGUCAUGUUGGAGAAGAUAUCAAUUUAUGUGACAAUGUAAUAUUUAAAAAAUAUAAAGCAAUAAAAGAUGGGACUAGAAGAUACAGUUUAAAAUAUAGUUUUAAUUAAUUCAGGCUUUUUCAUCAUAAAAGUGAAAAUGUCACAGUUUUGCAAAUAGCAACUCUGCUCCAAGUUAAGUGACAUGUUUAUUUUAUUUUUUUAUACAUAAAACAAGUAGAAUCAUAACAUUUUCAUUUUAAAAUGUGUUUCUUUUUGCUGUAGGUUUAAAGCAUAUGUUGUACGUAGCAAAUUGAUCAUAUCUUAUUUUAGGCAUUGAUGUUUUGCAAGAAUAGUGUAAACUGUUUUGUUUUGUAUAAACAUGAUAACAUAAUUUUUCCAGAGCACACUGGAUUCAAUAAAAUCUGCCUCUUGGCAUCUAAGAUGCUAUCCCCCUUGAUCUAUUUUCCAGUACCUGCCCUCUUCUUCCUUUUGUUCGAGGAUGUGAUAGUUGAUGGUAUCAAAGGCUGCUGAGCUGUGCAAGAAAAAUUCUAGGACCACAUGUCCUGUGGGCAUCCCAAUAUAGAUCUUGCACCAAAAUAAUUGAUCUCUAUCCCAUUUCCCAGCCACAUUGCAAUAGGUCCAGAUUAACUGAAUACUGGAGUUAAUGAUAAACUGAGUAAGUGUUCUCUAAGUAAAUUAAAAUUAAAUUUAGUGCUUUUAUGCCAGUAAGAAUUUAGGAGUGGGAAAGAAAUCAAGAAUGUUAAUGAGGUCUAAAGCAAUUGGCCCACAAUUCAUUUACUCCUAUAUGUAGCCAUAGCAGCAGUCCAGAAGUGUCACAUCCUGAAGCCAGAGCCAAAGACAAUCUUUGUCCUAAACCCAGGGUCCUUGAUAACAAGCAGUUUCAAGUGGUUUCCCCCCCCCCCUUGAAUCAUAAUUAUAUAUAAGACCAUGCAGUAAUGGUUAUGACAACUCAUAUGAUGUUUCAUAUUAAUUGAUGGAUAAAAAGAAAUCCUGUGGCCCCCACCCCCCAAUGUUAAGUAAUGAGAAGGAAAAGAUGUAAAGUCUCCCUGCUUGCAUUUAUAUCAUUUGUUUCAGUGAUCUGGUUGCCCUUAAAUGAAUGAGGAAUAAACAUUUGGAAUGUCAGAUUGAGAUUACACAUUGUAGUCUCAUCUCUACAAAAUGAGAAUUCAUUACAUCCAUCGUACAGGAAAGAUGGUCUGGAAAGGGAUUUAGAAUAGGAAUAGGAAAAGAAUAGAAUGGAAUAAAAUAGAAUAGAAUAGAAUAGAAUAGAAUAGAAUUCUGGCU